UUUAUUUUGCAUUUAAAUUUUACUGCUAUAAAUAUUUGUUUGCCAUUAAUACGUACACGUGCGGUGACAGUUUGAUUAAUUUUCGAUUCGGUUUCGAAGAAGUUUUCCAAUAUGUUAGUUAUAUUGACUUUAUUGUUUAUCGCUGCGUGUUACGGUGCUCCUCAAGAAAUGGGUGAACAUGUCUACGAUGCUGAAAGUGAUUGUUUUGAGCAGCAUCCUUCGAUAACUAGAGAAUACGUAGAAGAGUUGAAAAAAACGAAAAAAUUACCUGAAAAUCCUAGCCGAGAUCUUAAAUGCCUUUUUUUUUGUGUCGGUAAAAAAAUCCAAGCGAUGAGCGAGUCAGGUGAUUUUCACUUCGAGACGCUGAAAAAUGUCACCGUUCAGAUUACCGGAGGCGAUGCUGAUCACGACGAUGCUCACGGCAUGGUCAGCAAAUGUUUCGACGUUGAUCACGAUGACGAUUGUGAAAAGGCCUAUAAAUACGUCGAAUGUAAAAUCGACGAACUUCAACCGUACAAAUUCUCCAAAGGAUUCUGCCCUGCUUGUCACGAAUAAUUAAUUUAUUGUUUAAAGUACCUAUGAAUAAUAAUUAUCGUUCGUUUAUUUUGCAUUAAAUCUUGGUAAAUAAAUUCGAUAUAUUUGACGUAGGUAUCAUAAUAUUGUACAUAUGAGAUUUUCUGUGAUGACGUUUCAAGACAUCAUUAUGCAAUAAUUA